AUGUCGUUUGAGUUCCUUCGUCAACUGUCCAACGACCCAGCAAAUAUCGUCAUCGGGCUCGUUCGCGACAAGGAGGGUACCAUCAAAAAGGUAGCUGCCGAGCUGGGACGGAACAAUAUUCAUAUCCUACAGGCGGAUGUAACCGACUACGACGCAUUGAAAAAAGCGGUCAACGAUGUUUCUGAGAUAACCAGCGGAAGCCUUGACUUUGUUAUUGCGAACGCGGCACUCAUUUCUACGUGGUCCGCCUAUGACGGUAUCAGCACUUUGGGCAAUAACCCCAAGAGACUCGAGCAAGACUUACUCGACUCGUUCAUGACCAACGUCGUCGGCAACGUCCACCUUUUCAACUUGGCCCUGCCACUGAUCCUCAAGGGCCGUCCUAAGAAGGUUAUCACAAUAUCCUCAGGCAUGUCAGAUUUAGAUUUCAUCUCCAAGUCCGGGAUCGAGAUUGCCGCACCUUACUCCGUCAGCAAGGCGGCUAUGAAUACGGCUGUAGCGAAGUUUAGCGCACAGCAUGCCAAGGAUGGUGUCCUUUUCUUCAGCAUGUCACCCGGUCUAGUAGACACAGGCCUCUUUAAUGACGCAACGGAGGAGCAGAAGAGGAGAGGGAUGGGGAUGGUUGCCAAAAUCGCCAACUAUGCGCCACACUUCACCGGCCCGGGCACUGCAGAGUCAUCUGUCAAGGACAUGCUGUCAGUCAUUCAGAGAGCCAGUGUUGAAGCCGGAGAUGGUGGGUCCUUCGUUUCUCAUUUCGGAAACAAGCAGUGGGUUUGA